GCGGUGGCAUCGAUUGAGAACGCGCGCGCGCGUGUUUGGAAAGAAGCGCCUACCAUGGUGGGCGUGGACUCCUCCAGCCCCGAGUAGUGGAAGUCUCCGAGGGUCUGAUAACCACCGCGCGCGCGUGCGUGUGAAAGCCCACCCCCUCCUCUUCUCCACCAUCCUCACACUCCCCAGUCCGGACCAGCCACCAACUUCAUUACUUCAUCAGUGGCCAGACUUGCGAGGGCGCCCGCAAGAAGUGAACCCACGAAGAGGAAAUAUUUUCGAGCCCACCAUCCCCUCCCCCCCAAAUUUUCCUCUUUCUUUCCCUCUCUCGGCGGACUUUGUGUGAAACGGAGCUUUGUUUUUGGUUUGUGGAGUAUUUUCCUGUUGGUCAAGUCAGGUCGUCAGGUCUCUUUCUCUCUACCCCCAUCGUACCUCGUGCGUGUCGACACGGAGUGCUCACAUGCUGCUACUGCCAACAGUCAAUGAUGUCCUCAACUUUGGUGGAAACUGUCUCCAUCAACUAUGAAGACUUCAAUGACAGUUUCCUAACCUGUGGCACCUGUCUCUGCACCUAUGAUGGCAGUGAUCGUACUCCCAAACUCCUGCCCUGUUCUCACACCGUGUGCAAGAGCUGCCUUGAGCGCAUCAUUCGCUGCACAGACAUUAGAUACUGGUUCCUUCCGGUGCCCGAUAUGCAGAGAGACUAUUCAUAUGCCUCAAGGAGGUGUCACAGCCUUUCCACCAAGUUUCAUUGUCAACCAACUUUUAGACCUAAUGGCUCAACAGAGACGUGACGUCAUCCCCAAAUGCUCUGUUCACACCAACCAAGAGCUGCUUUUCUGUGAGACGUGUGACAUUGUAUUUUGUUCUGUAUGUGUCGACUGUGGCUCCCAUAGUGGCCGGGGAGCCAGCGAACACACGGUGAUACCAUUUGCUAUUGCCAUCAAGAGAAUGUCAGAGAUUCUCCUGUUCAAGGCACAUCUUUGCAUCAAGAAUUUGAAUGCUGCUUAUGAAGCGGUUUCUGAUGAACUGCGACAGUUGGAACUUUCUGUGGACAAAACAUUGGAUUCUGUCAACAGGUCUUUCCAAGAUGUCAUGGCAGUUGUAGAUAGGCGGAGACAUGAAUGCUUACAGUGGGUGCGCAAGAUCAGGGAGGAGAAGAAAAACAUUUUAAAAGAACAGCUGGACCUUAUACAGGCCGAGAAAGACAAAGUCCAAGGAGAAUGUGAUGGUCUUCAGUAUCAGGUGGAGGUACGAAACAUCACCAAAAAGAUCUCUGACCUCAAUGAGAAGCUUGAUACCACCAGCACCCUCUCAGAGCCACGAGAGAACUCAUUUUUGAAAUAUGAAUACAAGCAUAAUGAUGCCCUGCGAGAAAUUGCCAAAGCUAUUGCAAAUUUUGGACACAUCAGUGUAAGCACAACAUUCCCUGCACUCAGCACAGCAAAGAUCUUCCCAACAACAGCCCAUCUCCGUUCAUCUGUCAGAAUCACAACGGUUGACUAUCAUGGGAAUCCACGCAUAUCAGGGGGUGAUCCUAUUGUCGUUGAUUUACGAACAGAGAAAGGGGAUGUUGUUGAAACAAAGAUCAAAGACAAUGAGGAUGGAACAUAUGAUAUACUUUAUUUACCCCAGAAAUCUGGGAAACUAAAACUAUGUGUCAGUAUAUUUAGUCGGCCGAUCAAAGACAGCCCAUUUUCAAUUGAAGUGUCUGAACAUAUAAACCCAGUUGCAAAAUUUGGAUCCCGAGGAUCAGGACUAGACCAUUUUUGUCAGCCUGUCCGUGUGUGCAUUAAUGCAGAUGAUGUAAUUUACGUGCUGGACACAGGAAACAGUCGCAUCAAGGUGCUAUCUGCAGAAGGACAGGUCUUAAAGGUUCUUGGUUCUGCAGGGGUUGAAAACCAAAGUGCUACUGGUAUGGCAAUGACACCAGAUGGAAACAUUGCUGUGAUAAACUGGAGAACAAAACUUGUCUCUAUUCUUAGUACAGAAGGGGAGGUACUGAAGCAGUUCACUAAUCCAGGUUUUCAAGAGCCCAUUGACAUUACAGUCAAUAGUAAAGGGGAGUUUAUUAUUUCUGACGCAGGCGCCGGUAAGAUUUUUAUUUUUGACACAUCAGGCAAUCUCCUUACAACAUUUGGUAGCCAUGGUGACAAAGAUGGUCAGUUCAAACUAAUAUCAGCUAUAGCUGUGGGGAAAAAUGAUGAAAUCCUUGUUGCAGAUCAUCGCAUACAAGUCUUCAGUAAGGAUGGAAAGUUUUCUCGUCGUUUAAUUGACUCGGGGAAAGGCCAGUUUGGUGGCAUUUGCAUAGAUGGAGGGGGCCACAUCCUAGCCACCAAGACAGAAAAAGGCCGGAGCUAUGUGCAAAUUCUCAGUGGAGGUGGCAAACCUCUAUACAUACUUGACAGUUCUGAUGAUAAACUUAAAAGGCCAAGUGGCCUUGGUGUGAUGUCUGAUUAUCGUCUGGUGAUUGCAGACCUCGGCAAUGACUGCAUCAAGAAAUUCCGCUACAAGUAAUUAAGGAGAUUAGUUCCAAGGUAUGCCAGAUUUUCUGUCGGGAGAUGCUUACCAGUCAUCUUAAGAGAACUUUCCUAUCACCAGCUUUUGUCAUCAAACCAUUUUUUUUCUCACACCUCUUCAGUAUGAUCGAGCAUGCCUUGUUCCAAGUUUUCACAGGUGCAAGCAUCUCUGGUCCCAAACAAAUAUUUGCUUCAGAAACAGAAGUGUUGGGAAGGGGGGAAUAAAUGUUUGUGAAAAUCAAGACAUUAUCUUUUUAAUAUCAAAGACCAUUAACUGGAUGAGAAAGUGCUGCAAGGGCUUAAUAAUAAUCAUAAAAAUGCAUGAUUUAUAUAGCACAUUGUGAUGCUUAUGAAGGAACAUGCCCUCAUCACAUCUAUUUAGAAAAAUGCCACUUACCUAUGUUUUGGUGUAGAAGUAAUAAGCAAACUACAAAAUGUUAACACUGGUUUUUGUCCAGUCACUGUUGAAUUAAUGUGUGUCUAACUACCUGUAGACUUUGGAUUCUGUUUUACAAAAUAGAAUCAUUAUGGUAGAUGCUAUGUCUGCAGUGUGUACAAGUAACUAGACUAGAUAAUGCUGGCUUAUUAGGUUUUAGGAUCAGAAUAGUGCAUUCAUGGAUGCACAUGCUAUGGACCACUGACUUCGUGCCCAUGCUUUGAAAUGGCAGCACAUGAGCAUUGUGCUCUAUGUUCAGUGUCCAGUUCUGACCUUUAAGGAUUUUUGCAACCUUUUUUUUUCCACAGGGCAGUCCGGUGGUGCAACAGCACCUGUCACCAAUACAGUAAGGGUUGGCUGUCCUGGGUUCAGUUCUUGUCUCUGGCAUGCUGUUCUUUCUCUGCAUAUGGCAUAUGUUUAUAGGGCUGGAUGCCUUGCCAUGAUAUAGCCGUAGUUGCUAGCUUGGCAUAAAACACCAAUUCUUCCCACCUCCUGUUUUUUUCUAACUCGGUAAAUCUCUCUAUAUGCUGCAAUUUCAACAUUCCCUGUGGUAAGAGUGCUAUUACUGUAAAGAUCCAAGUGUACGCUCCAUUGUGCAAACAGAACACACUACUGUAAUAGAGGGAAAUUUCAUAUAUGUUAGGGAUUUAGCACUAAUGACCCUCAGUGAUUGAUUGUGCAUAGCAUAUGUGUCCAUGAGUGAGGAUAGGGAAUAGUGCCAACUUGCAGUUUUCAUCGCAUUUUAAUCAUCAAGUUUAUAGAUAGACCAGCAAUUUUUGUUUUAAACAUAUAUCAGGAUGUAAGUUUCAAGAAAAGAUAUUCAAUAAAUUUGUUUACAUGCUGGAAGUUUAUGGAUAAGAUGGCUUUAAAAAUCAAAGGAAGUUUUGUAGAUGUAUAAUGUUUCUGCAUGUCUUUUUAUAUAAAGACCUGUUUUCUUGUAACAGGUUUUGCACUUCUUCACAGAAAGAUAAGCCAUCUUUAUUUUUAAAUAUUCUGAUCAAGGAAAUAACUUGAGCUAAAUUUGUUGGGUUUUUUUUCCUAGACGUCCAGUGUUUAGCGUAAAGAGUUGUCACUAUUUACAGAAAUUGUAAGAAAAGAGCCUCAUAGUCGAAAUAGCAGGAGUUCUGUAAGACUAAACAAGUACCUUUUGUAACCCAUUUUUUCAUCAGUUAAUGUGAACAAAUGUUUUGAGUCUCCUGUUGUCACAAUUCAGUGGGAUGAAAGAGAGGGUUAAAUAAAUGGAAUGUGUAAAAGAAUAAGCAGUUAAUAUGGGGCUGCACCCUCUUCUGUUGUAUUUAAAAGGAGGAGGUAGAGAAGCUAAAGGAGAAAAUAGUGAAUUACUAAGAAAUCAAGAAUUGCAUACCUUGCAGGAAUACAUACAAGCAGACACAACUUAAUGAAAAAAGUAUAAAACAAAAAAAUAUUAUAGGCCAUAGUUGCUGUAUACAUAUGUACUAGACUACUAAGCUCACCUGUUCACAGCUUCAGCAGAGAUUUAAAGCAUCCAGUUUUCUUUUGAGGAUGUGUAGUGACUGAUCUAAAUUUGCACAUUUUUCCUUCAGCAAAAAUUGAUUUCUAUAAAAUAUCUGUUUUUGAAUAAAAGUGUGUUUCUGUCUAGAAUUUGACUAACAUUGGAUUUUCCAUCAUGCAAGCACGAUCCACAGAGUAUAGUACUAAUUAAGUACUUAACCUACAUUAAACUUUUGAAGAGGACCUAAGAGUGAGGGGGAAGUGAGCUAACUAUCCAUGUAGAUACAUAAUAUUUGCUGAACUCCUUUUCUGUAAUUAGGAAAUGUUGCAUGUCCCAGUUUAAGUGAUAUAAGUGUCAUUGUACAAUCAUGAGAACUAUGGCUAUGUGAGCUUUUGAACAAACCACUGUGGAUCAUAAGCUUUGUAUCAGUUGCCUGAGGUAACACUAUGCCUGGGCAUUUUUAUGUUGUGAUCUGUUGCUGGCUUUCAUAUAUGUGCACCUCAUGUGCAGCUUGAGAUGUAGCAUUAGUAGUGCAAUAUCACACUGAGCUUGUGUGUGAAAUGUUUUAAAAUUGUGUGCUGUUGGUUGAGACUUAUCAAAGGCAGGAGUAUUGUAGAUGUAACAUUAUUCCGACAAAGUAUGCACUGAUUAAACAAUUUCAUUCACUAAGCAAAUGCAUGUUUUCACCAAGAGUAGUGUUGAAUUGUCAAAUUCCAAAUUUCAAGAGAAAACUAAACACAACAAAGUUUCAUAAAUAAAACAACUUUAUAUAGGUAGAAUGGUUAACAUUUUGCAAAAUCAUGUUGUGUCUGUUGAAGGAUUGGCAUCUGUUUGCAAGUACUGUUAAUUUAGUUUUGUAUUAGUGUUCUGUAGGAAGUUUAGUAGGCUUAGAGAUGGAAAUUCAGGACUACCGUUUUCAGUCUUUAAAAGCUUCUGUUCCAUGUACCAAGUUUUAUUGUUUAAUUAUUUGGCUGUGAAAACUGCAUUGGAAAGGCAUAACAGGAUAGUUUUUUCCCAUAGCAAAUAUGGCACAAGAUCUUUAAUAAUUUAUGUGAAACUGAAAAGGAAAGUUUUUAAUAGCAUAGGCACUUUAUUAUUCUGCUGCUUGAAAUGGUUCUAGAGAACAUAAAAUAAGCUGUGCACAUUAAGGUAGAAAGUAUUCAUACAUUUGCUCACUGAGUAUUAAAUAGACUUUUACACAAAAUUUAUUUAUAUUACCUACUUGGCUCAUUUUUCAUUGACAGAAAAGUGACUGUGGCAAAGUACACUUUUAAUAACCUGUGUUUUUAUUUUAUUCUCAUACUUUACUUUUAUUUAAAAGAUUUUUUUACAUUAUAUCUUUUUAUCUUUGAACUUAACUAAUUUUGAAACUCAUGAAGCUUGAUGAUGUGGGUAAUUCACAAAUAUAACAGUUAUCACAUAUAUUGAUGUAGUCAUUAUUCUUGGUAUUUUUCAGUGAUAUUUAUGUCAUGGUGUAAUAUAGCUUUGUAACGAUCACCAGAACAUGUUCACAGCUUGUGAAAUAUGCCAAAGAGAGAUUUCCUAACAUUUCCACAACCAGCUCGUUAAAUAUUCCCAUCAUUUCUCUUUCUCUCUCAUGUACCUGGCGUUUUCUUUCUUACACUCUUUGUAUUCUCCUCUUUUAUGUCUCAUAUACAUGCUAUGCAAUAUUCAAAAAUAAAUUUCAUUUCAUGCUUCAUGAAAUAUCAAAUCAUCCCAGGACUGCUAGUGCAGUCUUCUGUUAUAGGUUUUAGUUUCAAUCUUAGUUCUUAGUAGAGGUUUUCUGAUCUAGUUAAAAGAUUAUCUGUGUGAUAUCUUAUCAGUUGGCAUUCUUUCAGCAUCAUUGUUCUGUGACCAGGUUAUAUAUUACCACAUUAGAUUUACUAUUUGAUGUAAGUAGCUCACUACUUUAAAUCUUCAUAUGUGCAGUUAUUAAACUGUAUGUUGUAUGUUAGGCAGAUUAAGCAGCACUUGGUGAUACAUUGCAAUAGCUGACAAGAAGGUUGCUAUUUUAAAACAUGACUAGCAGUCGCAUUUCAUUUCUUCAUUAUUUUUUGUGGCAUAGCUGUGCAAACUAUGUAAGUGAGCGAAACCUGGUGCACACACAGCAUCAGCAGGGGUUCAGUCAACAGUAAUUGUACAUAACCCAAAGACUGUAUGUCAUACACUUUGUUUUUAACAAGAGAUGAUGCUAGCAGGAAGGAAAUUCUUAUCAUUCAGAGGUAUAAAUUUCACACUGAAGUAUAACAAUAGCUACAUCACAAGUGAGACUUGAAAUGGGUGCAAUUCACUCAUAGAUUUUCAGGGAACCUAGCAGAAGAUUGUGUUCCUAUUAUGUGCUCUCACAAUUCAAACAAAUUUUUUAAAAGUUUUUCUUUAUGGCAUUAUGGUAAUUAGUAUAUCAACAUCACAUGUAAAAACAUCUGCACUAUUAUAGUACAUAAGAAGCACCUGAAUACCCUCACUGCCUGCACCUCUAGCAUUCCAACCUGGCUCUUAAAAUAAAUUUCUGUAAAAAGCAAAUAAGCAGUUAAUUUACAGGCUUUUACAGAUUCCAGUUUUCUAAAUUUCCAAGCAUCAAAUUUUUUGUGACGGUACCAAAGGUUUUCACAGUAAACUUCUAUAGGUAUUUUAUAACUAUAGGUAUUUUAUAGUAGUAAAUCUCAGCAUUAUUGUUAUAGACAUAUUAGCGCUCCAGUCAGGUUUCUGUAUUAGUAUAUACUUCUUGCAUGCAUACCAGUACCAAAAUAGUCACCUUUUUGGCCUCUAAAACCCUUCACCAUAAUGUAUCCGUGACUGUCGUGAAUAAGAUCUAUUCAUUGUUACACUUUAUGGGGAUAUAAGAAAUAAAUGAUUUGUACUUCAAGCCUUAAAAUAUAUAAAACUAAGCUUGUAGUAAUGAACUGCAUGCUACAGAUGUGCAAAGAAAUCACUAAGACUUUAUUCAUAUAGUGAUACUUUUUUGUCACUGAUUGAACUCCAGUCAUAUUUUUUUGGUUGGGAUAUUUUUAAGAUAGUAGUAACUUAGUUUAUGACCGUCUUUACAUGUUUCCAGGCCCCACAGACUGGCCGCUACAUUCCCUUUUCAGAUCCCAGCAUAUUCCAACAAAUUUCACAUUUUGGGAGAAUCACUGAUGUUUUUCAUUAUGUAUUUUGCCCAGUGGAAGUGACAUGCAUAUCAAUUAAAUAUUAAUCGUUUUCCUCCCAGCGUCUUUACCAUCCAACUUCUCAAGCUUUUUUUUCAUCGUCUCCCUCCCAUUUCUCCCUAGUCUGCACUGUUCCACAUCUAGCCCAGUGAGCUCUAUGCUCAGGAUAGCAAUGUAGGAUAUCAUUAGUAUUCUUGUUCAUUAGAAGGAGCUGGUGUUUUUUAUUUGAUUGUUUAAGACAUUUUUAGUUUUAACUGUGAAGACUGGAAAUUAAAUUUCCAUCAGUCUUCAAGCAUCUCUAAUGAAAGUCUGUUACCACAAUGUAUUUGUUAUUAUUAUAACAUCAUAUCUUAUGAGUUUAUGAUAAGUGUAGUAUUUUUUUUUCUAUUUUCUUAUCAUAGAGUCACCAAACUUGAUUUCAUUCAUGAUAAGCACAGUUGUUUCCUGCACAAUAUUUAGCAAUGAGAAUGUGUUUCCUUGUUCUGAUACAUAGACUGUAUAGUAAUUACAGUACAAACUGAGCAUUUUUAAAGUACAUGACUGUUGCCUUGUAUUCAGAUGUAUAGAAAAUUAUUAAUUAGUAGACAUCUGAUGUGCUGAGUAUUUUUUAGAAUGCAAAAUAUUCUCUCAAACCAUUCCAUUAAUAAUCAACAUAUAGUGAGAACAUCCUUUUGCAUUUAGUGCCUGUUUCAUGGGUCAAAGAUGCUACCUAUGAUCUAAGUGUUCUGCAGAAGUAUACUUUUGAGGCAUUUUGAAAUUUGGUGCACUGCAUGCAGCAAAUUUCUGACUGUUUAUUUCUGCUUGCAUCACUGUUUUACAGUUUAGUGAAAUCUGCACUUUGAGUACACUGGCCAAACAAAACAAAAUUUCCUUGUGAUUGGCACAAAAUGAGAGAGUGCAGCAUUUUAUCAGUAAACUGUCAAUCCUACCCUGUUAUCAUGAGUGUUCAGAAGUUACAGCAGCAUAGAUAUCAUCGCUGUGCACAAGUAAAUGAAGCAACAGUGUUUGUUUCAUUUUGCAGUACUUUCAAUCUUUUAACUUUUUUACUUACUGUUUUGUGGUUGCCUUUGUGCUGGAUAGAAAUAUUAUUGAAGCAAUGUUGAGCACUGGGUUAUUCACAGACCUGUUGGUGUUAAGUCUUUAAUUGCUCUUCAUAUGUCAGGCUAAGUCUUCCCUGAUAUUCACUGCCAUGGCAUGUUCAGCAGGAUGAACUUUCAAUGUCUGUACUCUCGCUGUGGUAUAGUCAUCAUCGCUGAUGUGGCAAACAAACACCAAAAUUUAAUCCAUCAGAAUCUGUACUAUGAACCAAAUCCUGUAGCAGGUUCCAAACAUGCUCUUGUAAAAUUGUUGAAAAAUGGAAGAGUCAGCAGGGCUUCUUUUGAUUAAAAAAGAAAGCUGUCCUAGAUGGCAGUGAGUUUAGAUAAAGAUCUGUAUGCUUCAGUUAUGCUUUUGAUUUGUUAAAUACAGUUACAGCACAGGCAGUAUUGAUGCAGUUGGGUUCCUCUUUAUGUAAGCUAUUUUUGUUGAUCACCUAUAAAUUUAACUUUUAAAGUGGUGAUGUGCUGCUCCACAGUAAAAGGCAUCAGUAGCUGCUUUCACAUAUUGUUUUUCCUCUUUCACUUUUAAGAACAUCCAAUGAUUUCAGAAAAGGCAGGUAUUUAGGGCUUCAGGUACAGGCUUCAGCAAGGAAGUCAGUAUGAUCGCUUUUCAGAGAGCAGUCAUGCAGCCUGACAAAAUGUAAACUACAUUGUUCUCACACCAUGCCUGCUUAUAAACUUAUAAUUUAAAGAACUUAGGUCACUUCUGACAUUCAUAAGAUCCUAUUCUUUCUGUAGCCUCAUAACACUGGAAUGUUAUUCUCAAGAAAAUUGAAAACAUGAACAUGAAAAUUGUCAGCUAUGCAAAUGGUGGUGGUGUGAAAGUUCUUAGCCAAUGGUGAUCUUAUUUCUGACUACACCUGUGCAUCUGUGUGUGUGUGUGUGCAUGCACACUCACAUACAUUUGUGUGUUAAAGAAAUAUGAACUAGACAGGAAAAUAAAAUGUUUUAAUUUCUGGUAAAUUACAAGGUUGAUGUCUAAUUUGGUUUAUUAGACAUUCAGUUAUUACACGGCUAUUACUGAUCAGAAGUCCUGAGACAUGGACUUCAAUAGAUUUUCCCUCUUCCUUCCUUUGUCUUGUUUAAAUAAGUUUGCAACUGGGCUUAUUCAAUAUUGGCCUUGUGUAUGAAGUGGGACAAUCACCAAGGUCUGGGACUAUGUAAAACAUGCUGUCACUGAUGGAAAACCAAAUUGGUAUGUAGUGAAUGUUAUCACAUUUUUCUCACUUUAGCAACAACACUCAUAAUAAUAAUAAUAAUAAUAAUAAUAAUAAUAUAAAUAUUCAUUUAUAGAGCACAUCCCCACUAACAAAGGUAAAGCUUAUUGUCCAGUACAAUAGUGAUAUAACUAGCAAUGUACAGCAGUUAUAAAAAUAAAAGAUGAAUAAAUUGGAUUAAUGCCUCAAAAUUCAAUGAGAAUUUUAUGGACCACAUCUUCGAAAGCUCCAAUGCAGAUGUAUUGUACAUCUCUAUAUGGUAAUUCUUCAAUAUUUUCCUGCAGAACUAGUUAAUAUUAUUGGUGCUAGUUAACCAUUGCUUUCUACCUGCCAGUCCACUUUUCAGUAUUGUAUUGUGAUUCAUACAAAUACCAAAGGAAAUGAGGGUGUCAUUAACAGGAUGGCACAAUCACAAUAGACAUUAAAUAAUUCUCUUGAGGAUUUAUGUUUGGUAAUCAGAAAUCUAAAUGGACAGGCUCUUAAUACGCUGAACAGAGUUGUAGAGAUGUGAUCCUGUACACUUUCAAACUUGACUAGCACCCACUUUUUAGCAUGUCAAGUUUGUAUAAACUUUGGCAUCACAGCUCCGUCUUUUGGCCCGUGGAAGUCUGCCACAUACAGCAGUGUGCUACAAUUCCAAUAAGACCACUGCAAAACCCAGUGUCAUGCGUUUUUAAUAGGUAGCAUGGCACUAACUGUGUGUUCCUAGACUUUGAGGCCAUCACCACACUUAGUACAUUAGGCGUCAAAUCCUGCAUACCUUGUUGUAAAAUUUAUGAAAGCUCUAUUUAUUGCCUGUGCAUGAAUUUUUGCUAUAUCAUAUCAUAUGCAUUUGUUUGUCAGACACGAAGGCUUUGUUAUUCUUCGUCCAUAUCAUUAUGCACAAAAGCUGGUUCCUACUAUGUGACUGUUCUUACAUUUAAAAAAUUGUUAUUUUAAAUUAUCAUAAUAGUUAUUCUUGAUUUGACAUAUCUUGAGAGUGAAACAUUAUGCUGCUUUGUGAAGGUUCAUUUAGCUUCCCUUUUAAAGAAAACAAACCAGAGUAUGUUCAUUCAUAGAUAUAUGGUGAUGUAUUCCUCGAUAUAUAAUUCAGUGUAGAUGUCUCUUUAGACAAUUGAAAACUAGUACUACACUAGUAAAGAAACAAAUUCAUCUAGGUAUAUCAUGCUCUUAAACUCAGUUUGUUGGACUGAAUUUGUAUUCCAAGUUUAAAUUAAUGCAAUUUAAAUAAGAUUUUUCUGUUACAUAUUUGUUGUUCUAAAUUAUUUACUAGGGCCAAAUGAAUCUCAUAAGAGGUUAGUAAUACUAAUUUCUCAUUGAGUGACAGUAAUGAAGUCUUCAAGGUUUAGAGACCUUCUAUACAAAUGUUAGCUAUGUGUAAGCACAUAUUGUAGGUGUAAUAAUCCCUUUGAGGUGUCUUUCGUUAAUUUGACUUACUUAUUCAGUAAACAUUAGUGGAGUUAUUUACUAGAAAAUGGCUAGAGCAGAAAUAAAUCCGAAGAUAGUGGCUUUACCAGACUAAUUCUUUUGCUGAAAAUGUAUUUUUUACACCAGCUAAGGUCAAAAACUUGUAGGCUGACAGCAAAUAACGGCUUGUUAUUACAUAUCGGAGGACGAAGUGUUUUCUUCUGCUUGUAUUAAAUGCAACCAAGUGUUUUGACUCAAGAGUUUUUAGCAAGUGUCUGAAAUAAUCUGUGUCUAGACUUGUAUCUUAAGUCAAGGUUAUUUUAAAAUUUAAUUUUGUGCUUAUCCCAUUUCUAACUUCUUGUUUCUAUUCACCCCCAGUGGAGCAAAGGGACAUCCUGUCUCUAACUAGUUACUAGUUUCUUCCAAUCUGGAAUCGAAAUCUCAAUUUUGAGCUUUAUUAUAAAUUGCAAUCUGGCCAAAGUUAAAACAAACAGCAUUGAUUGUAUUUGUUUUUGUAUAUCAGAAAUAUUUAUUUUCAUCAGAUGUCUGUAUUAUUUAUGAUUAUUAUCUUGAAAAUGGUUAUUUUUAUUUUGUAAAAUAUCAGUCUGAGAAAAUAAACAUUUGUCAGUAAUGGCUUCAUUAAUUUGGUAAUAUUAAUCAAAGUGUCUAAAGAACAGGAUUUAUUUAUCUUCAUUGUUAAGUACAUUCUUUUAAAGAGGGGUGGCAGGUAUAACAUCACAGACUUGCAUAAUUCCAUUCGGGUCUGAGAUAGCAGUCUGUAGUACAGACAUAAGGAAUCAUGAUACUUUCCAUUUGGAGAUCUGUUGCUGUGAGGAACAAUUUGUUUUCUGUGAUGGUGUUUAUUAAUCUGAUCAAAUGAGUCGAAAUUUAGCACUGUCUGUAUCAUUUUUCCCCCUUCAUCAUCUGUGCAAAGGGGGAUUUUUCAAAUCAUUUUAUUAAGUGUUUUAAUUUGCUAUACAGCUAUGUCGAAUUUUACACUUUCAACAAAAUGAUCUAAUUGUUAAGAAAAACUUUUCUAGUUUUGUUUUGAUAGGAUUAUGAAAUGCAAAUGUAGGUUUCUUAUUUUACUGACAGUUUUUGAGGAUUUACCAGUUGUCAAAUUUUCAAAUCUGUAAUGCGAAAGACAGAUUUCAAGCUUCAGUUUUCAAGUAUUUUUGCUAAAGUUCAUGCUACUGUUUUUCGCUACCGCACCUAAUUUCAUUCCCUAAGCAUGGACACCUGUUUAUUUGCUGUAAGGAUCUGUAUUUUACUUACAAAUUAUGAGGCCACAUGGAGAGGGACCCUUUUUUCUUUUAAGUUAGAAAAUUUAAUUUGUGCUUUUGUAACACGCAGCAUCAUGACCAAGAUAAGUCACACUCUCUGCGCUGACCAGUAAUGAUAAAAGGAAGACAAUGGGGGGCUAGAUACGAAUAGGCACACUGAACACAUGCGGUGAAUGCCGCUUUGUCAUUACAUGGAAUCUUCGAUAAGUCAAUAAAGUUUUGCAUCUGAAAGUUAUUACGACAUCUGUAUAAGAAAGCUCAACAAAAUGGAAAAGAGCUUCCUAGGAGUAUAAUUUGCCAAAUCCAAAUUUAAUUCUGACAUUCUACUUUUGUUUCAGGAGAAGGAAUAGGUGAAAGACGACCUAGAUUUGUGUUUAUUGUACUGUUUUAAGUGCAAGAAAACAGAAGGAACAUUUUUGAAAGUGUAUUAGCUUUUGUCACAAGUUGAUGCUCUUUGAACUAUUAUGUUGAAUGCACUGGAUCUGAGCUUUCUAGUGAUGUAGAUGUGUAACUCCCUCCCCCUCAGAAGUGUUUGUGUAUACAUCAGCUCAGACUAGCAGUGGCCGGCUGAAUUAAUUUAUCCAUGUUUUGAUCUUUGUUUUUGAGUACCUGAAACAUUAAAGUGUUUACCUGCUA